AUGACUGAAGAGGAAGUAAAAUCUGAUCCAGAAUUCCAGCUGAAGGCAAUCGAGAAGGCAUAUGAGCAAUCGUCGCAGCAAUUAAAUCAGUUAGAGUCGGUUUUGCAAAAAUUCAGCACAAAUUUUCAAAGUCAAGAGCAUAGCUUAACUGAAUUGUAUCAAAAAAUCAGCAAACAGCAAGGAAUACAUCGAAAUAUAGUCAAAGUUCGUGACUGCAUCAAUGAAAUUCAGAAUAAAUUAACUUCGACAGAACAACUUUCUCCUAUUUUGAAAACAAAUAUCGAAUCCAACUUUGAUGCAUAUAUGGAAGCAAUGAAUAAAGCUAUUGCUGCCAAGAAAUUCCUAAAUAGAUUUCAAUUCAACGAUGCUUAUAAUGAACGAAUGGCAAUUACUAAACUAAUAGAAGCUGCACAAAGAACAAUCCUUAUUUAUUUCAUCAAAUUGGCUCACAGGUCAGCUACGCCUGUGCUUUUAUCAAAUUUUGCCUUUAAAGAUGGAAAAUUUGUUCUUACUGAAAAACUUUAUGAAAAUCCGAUAUAUCCUGUUGCCGAAGAACUUCUUCGUAUGAUGAAAAGAAUGGCCGAAGUCCUCGAUAUUACUUUAUGCGAAGAUCAAUACAAAGAAUACCAAAAUGCUCGUAUAGAUGCAAUUAAUGAGAGUAUUAGUCCUAUUCUAGAUGCUUCAAAGAAACGUGUUCUGCAAGCUCAAACUUUAGAUAUCAUAGAUCUUCCAAAUUACAAGCCAAAAGAGCAUCCUAUACACACAAUUGGUUACUUAGUGAGUUUCUUCUAUAAAAGAGAACUCGCAUUCGCCAAAGCCAUAUUUGGAGAAAAAUAUAAAAAUCCAUUUGUCAAUUCCUUCACUCCUCUCUUCAAUACCUUCAAGAGCAUAUGUCAUUCCGUCAUGUUUGCUAAUGUGCAGUCCCCCAUUGACAUUCUAUUUGAUGUAGACCUUGUUUCCACCAUUGUUGAUGUUUUAGAAAGCGAAGUAAAUGAAGAUGAAUUUUCCAUGUUCGCUGUUCAACUUGCACAAAUGUCACACAUGUUCCAUAGUGGUAUAGAGCGAGUACUAUCUGCAUACAAGAGUGCUGUCCAGCAUCAUGAUCCAGACAACAUUCCUGCAAGCGGUGGAGUGACGGCCAAUGUUUCUAAUGUAAUUAUUUUCUUGAAAAAACUGUCAAUAUACAAGAAAGGAAUUGAACAAGUUGGCGGUCUUUCUUUCGACCAAUUUGCACCUGCUGUCCUUGCAGCGAUGUUUAAGAACAAUAUGGAAAAGGCUACUCGUUACAAUGAUGAUAUUUUGAAGCAAUUAUUCUUAAUGAAUAACGCUCAUUACGCUCUUAUGCAAAUUGAAGCAUCCCCUGAAUUAGCCACGAUUACUCCCCAAGAAUUCAAGGACACAUUGGAGAAAACAAUGCAAGAUGCACAAAAAGUUUACAUGAACGAGACAUGGAAUGCAGCAUUUCAGAUUCUAUCGUAUGAUAAGGCAUUCGAUGGAUUCAAGAAAGGUGAUAAGUUGAAUACUCAACAAAAGAAGAUUAUUAAAAAUAAAUUUAAGAAAUUCAAAGAAGCUGUGUUGGAUAUCCAGCAGAAACACAAUACAUAUUGCCUUAAGAAUACGAAAUUGAUGGAACCAAUUAUGAAUGAAGCAAUUCAGAAAACUCAUUCUAAAUUUGAGCCAUUCUAUAUGAGAUGGCAUGAUUCUGGCUUUGCAUCACAUCCAGAAAAGUAUACUGCUGUACAACCUUCGACUUUGGAAGGAAUUAUCACUAGAUUGUAUGGAGCAAAGAAGAUUCGCAAAACCAGCGUUUAA